AGGUUGGGCGAUGUCAAAUCCAGAUUUGGUAGACCAGGUCUUUUAGCCUCUCUGUCUCUAAACCCCCCGCCCUCUCUUUUCUCUCUUCGUAUUUACCAUUUUUUUUGUUUGUUAGAACUACCAGUGUACUAUGUUGGACCCAAGAUGCUUUAGUUGACAUUAAUAAUUUAUUGUUGCAAUGCAUGAAGGAAAAUGUGCCUUUAGUUAUUGCUAUCUUUUUAUUGUGUAUGAGUGGUUAUUCCUUUCCUCUGUUUUGGGAGGAAAGAUUUCACAGCCAAAAUUAUUUAGUUGCUUCCAUCGAAAGAUAAGCAGCUCAUUUCACAAUUGCAUAUGGGACCCUUCAGAAUUCUCAAAAGGACGCUGCUUAAAGACUCCUUUUCAAAAUUUUCAAAUCUUAAAAAAAAGUUAUUAUAAAUUUCGAAGUACACGACUACAUUUUUAUUUCUAAGUUAUAUUUUUUUAUAGAAACCAAAAACUUUCAUUAAAUAAGAAAGUUUACAUCAUGGGUGGACAAGAAAUCCAACCAAAAAUGAACCUAAUCAGAAAAUUACAUCAAUAAAAAAACUCCAAGUCCUAUGCCACCACGAGAACUCCCUUAGCUACAUGCAGCUAUCCAAUCAUUAGUAAGGAAAUAGAAAGGUACAUCCUAAAACUCAUUUUCCAUAGAAGCCCACAAGGACACCAAGUAUUUUACUUUAUCCCAAAGAAACUCUAUCCUUUCUUCUCUUGCUUAAAAAAUCUGUUAUUUCUUUCCGACAAAACAAACCAUAACAUUGCCAAAACCACACAUUCCUAUAAAGUGGAUGCUCUACACCCUUUCCCAAACACCCCAUAGUUUAUCUCCAAAAGAAAGGAACAACUUCUCGGAACCACCCAACUCAAACCAAACUCCCCUAAAGCUUUAAACCACAAUUUCAUCACCUCGGACAGUGGAGAAAGAUAUGGUCCACACUUUCACUAGCUUUCCUACACAAAAUGCACCAAUGUGGAGAAAGACAAAAACUUUGAUCGUCUUCUUUGUAACACAUCACAGGUUUUUUGAUCGUCUUCUUUGUAACACAUCACAGGUACUAGUCUUUCUAAGAGCCACUGUCCAAGCAAAAACUUUUACCUUAGACGGGGACUUUAGCCUUCCAAAUCGUUUUAUGGGGUUCAAAAGUUGGAACACACUGAUCAUCAACCAACAUAUGAAAGAAAGAUUUACAAGAAAAAACUCCCAAAGAGUCAAAAGCCCACCUUCUCCUAUCCACCACUCCUACCAAUAAAGACACAAAUUGAAUCAAAGAUAACAAAGAUGCAAGUUCCGAUGAUUCCCAAUCAUUUAAAGCCCUAAAGAAAUUGAAAUUCCAACCCCCCUGAGAUGAAGAGACACAAUACAUACUUGAAAUGGAGUCAUCUUGAGAUCUAGACAAUCUAAAAAGUCGAGGAUAAGCCAAAGAAAAACGAAGAUCCCCUACCCAUACAUCAUUCCAAACCGAACUCUCUCACCAUUCCUCACUCUCAUGUCAACAUUCCUCAAAAAAACCAAUAAACCUUGUGAAAUAAAUUUCCACGGACAUCUAGAUGAUCCCCUCACCACCACAUUCGAGUCCCACCCAUUAGGAAGAAGGCCAUAUAUGCUUUUGAUAACUGCAUGCCACAACGCUUCCUGUUCUAUUGGGAACCUCCAUAACCACUUUCCUAACAAGGCAUUAUUUUUCUUCCCAAGAUUCCCCACCCCCUUUUAUUUCUAAGUUAUUAUGGAUACGUAUUCGAGUUGUGGAAUCUACCUAAUGCUGUAUGGUCUGUCCUGAACAUAGAUUUUUUUCAAUCUUGUGGUGUCUGUUAAUGGGUCCGAAUUGUACUGGACCUUUGGGGAUGGGAAAGGCGACUCCUAUUUUGGUUGAGUGAUGCUAGUUCUGAAACGUCAGAAAUGGAGAUGAGAAAUAAACAGUCUCCUGGCAGAAAUUGCCUAAUUUCUUUGUUCCUACCUAAUGUUCACAGCAUGCACAAAUAAAAUUGGAUCCUUUUUAUGCAUAAAAAAACCAUUAUGUACGUUGCCUCAGUAAAGAUUCCUGCAUUUGGAUAGAAAAAUAUUGUUAGUUAUGCUGCUUAAGCAUGCUUGUAUAGUUAUUGUUGUCUAGCUUAAGUUACAAAUAACAUUUAGGAAAACCCUAUGGAUCCCCACUGCCAACUCAUACACAUAAUGUAGAUACAAAGUAAUCGUCAAUGAUUUAACCAUCAACUUAACUUUGCUGUAAACACACAGGGCUAAUGAUAGCGCCUAAUGGACAGAACGCAAAACAGAAACACAUGUGGCCCAAGGUCUUCACCUUCGGUUUAUUUUUAUCUGAGCAUUUGUUUGAAUUCUUACAUCAUUGACGAUUAAGACUCUGGGCUAUGCUGACAUUGGAAUUGGAAUUGGAAUUUGAUUUCUUUGUGAAUCAUGAUACCAAUGCUCCAAAAUUCCGACUUUGUUUAGGAUCCCUACUACGACUAUAGAGUGUUAGUUUUACCUUACUUUCUUGAGUUCUUCUUUUAGGGAAGGCCAUUGGUGAAGGCAUUCUUUUCCCAGUGAAGCUGCACUUGCCUCAAUGAUAUGACUGCAUAAGGCAGUAGCCCUUUGGUGCUAUAUUUUUAUUAGAUAUGAUGUAUUAAAAGAUGGAAAUACAGGACUCUGAUUGAUAUUAAGACAGGAAAGCUAAUAAGUCAAAGAACAAGAAAGAUAGUCGGAGAAUCACCCAACCAAGUAGAGCACUCACUCACAGUCAAGAGACAAAUCACUCAACUCUCAAGCAAAUGCUUAAAGCACUCUCACAAUAGAAUUUUAGCAGUCCAAAAAACGCCCCCUCUCGUCUUCCUACUAACAUAAGUAUUAAUAUAAACUAUAGAUAAAUACAACUAACUAUUAGUAGGAAUUAGAUACUUUUUCUUGGAACAACACUUAGAUUAUAGAUACUUGUCUUCCUUGGACUCCGAGCCAUAAUAAGUGCUUGUUCCCAUUUUCAAAAGGUUGUUCAAAAAAGUGCUACUAUUCCCAACCAGAAACAUCACAAACCUUUGUGGAGGAAAGAGAGGGAGUAAUGUGGAUAAUUGCUAGUUUCCUAGAGAAUAAGAAAUGCAAUAUUAGAAUUAUAUUUAAGAACUAUUUAAUGAAGGAAAAACAGAAGUCAAAUACAAUCCUAACUGAACUAUUAAAGAAAAAAAAAAGAAGAGAUACUGUUGGGGGAAAGGCAGAAAAUUGCACCUUUGUUUUGGCUUGUAAGGUGUCUAGAGCGAGGAGAUCACUGGUUUAUUUUCGAAAUUCGUGGCACUUAUAAUUGCUUGUACAUUAAGGGCAGCUGCAGAAGCUUCAUUCAGGGCCGUUGGUCAUGGUGAGUUUCAAAAUCUCCAUAUUAAACCUUUAUUAUCGCCAAGGCUUUUUCUCCAAUUCUCGGGGAAAAGUAAAUGUCUGUCCCAUUACACUUGUUUUCCUAGUAUUCUAUGUGGCAUCAGUCCAAAAGAGAAGGUUUUCUACUAAGGAUUUAAUGUCUGCAUGUGAUUGAAUUUGAUGGAAUUCAUACCAACAUCAACUGAAUUCAUUUUUCUGGUGGUGCGCAAUGUCCUGUGAUAAGUUGUGAGCGUUAGUGGAUACUUACAAUCAUCGUCUUUCUACAUUAAAAGAUACACCUCCUCUUUUAUUGCCCCUGCUGUGCAUGCAUGUGCAUCUUACUUCACUUCAACUAUUCCUUGUGAUGUAUAAGCUCCCGGCCAAAACCUAUAAUUAUUCGUUGAGUUUCACUGUUGUUUGAAUUUGUGAGAAGGUACAUCAUGGUUGAUUAAUUCCUAUGAUUUUGGUUGCACCACCUUUGAAAGUGAUGAUUACCCCUUCCCUUUUAUUAUAAUAGGCUGAGCAUGAUUUGUGCUUGGAAUUCAUGAACACAUCAAUUGCAACAUCUUAUCAUGAUUUUGAGCUUAUAUGUUUGGUUUUCCUGGCAUUCUAUGUGGCAUCAGUGCAAAAGAGAAGGUUUUCUACAAAAAAUUAAGGAUGAAGAAGGUGAAGGAUGUAACAUGUAUGGAUUCUUGGAAGUCAAUAAGGUGGCUGGAAAUUUUCAUUUCGCACCUGGAAAAAGCUUCCAGCAAUCAAAUGUUCAUGUGCACGAUCUGCUAGCAUUUCAAAAGGACAGUUUUAACAUUAGUCACAAGAUCAGUAGAUUAACAUUUGGAGACUAUUUCCCUGGUGUUGUGAAUCCUCUUGAUGGUGUGCAAUGGACACAACAAACACCAAAUGGGAUGUAUCAGUAUUUUCUGAAGGUGGUACCUACUGUAUACACAGAUGUCAGUGGGCAUACCAUCCAGUCGAAUCAGUUCUCUGUAACUGAGCAUUUUAGGGGUAGUGAGAUAGGACGCCUUCAGGCUCUUCCCGGAGUUUUCUUUUUCUAUGACCUUUCGCCAAUCAAGGUGACUUUCACAGAGGAACAUGUUUCAUUCUUGCACUUCCUGACAAAUGUCUGUGCUAUAGUUGGAGGUGUUUUUACUGUUUCGGGGAUUUUAGAUUCUUUUGUAUAUCAUGGCCAAAAAGCAAUCAGAAAGAAGAUGGAAAUUGGUAAAUUUAGCUGA